AUGGGAGACAGUGGCUCACAGAGUGGGUCCUGGUUUGUCCCCUCGUCCAUCCACCCAAUGUUCCUCUCCCAACUGUCCCCCUCUACAGACCUGGCCGUUGCUGUCUUCCUUACCUUCACAAGUGUUGCAUCUGUGCUAGGCAAUGGCACCGCGUUGUUAGUCUACUGUCGGAAAAGAAAGAAGCUCAGACCACCAGAGCUCAUGACCAUCAACCUGGCUCUCUGUGAUCUUGGCUUCAGCCUGUUGGGAGGGCCAUUUUUCAUCAUUUCCAGUCUGUGUCAUGCUUGGGUGUUUGGGGAGACAGGGUGCCUUUGGUAUGGCAUUCAGGGCUUUGUGUUCAACAUUGUCUCCCUGCUCACCACCUGUCUCAUCUCUCUGGACCGUUGCCUGAAGAUCUGCUGCUUAAGAUAUGGCCAACGGAUUGAAAAGUGCCAUGUGUAUCUGUCCAUAGCGCUGGUGUGGGUUUACGCAUUGUUCUGGGCCUUGCUACCUUCUUUUGGCUUUGGAAGUUAUGGACCAGAACCUUAUGGGACCAGCUGCAGCAUCAACUGGUGGAAAAUGAGGUUGUCUCUAAAUGACAGAACCUAUAUUUUCCUCAUCCUGGUAUUAUGCUUUGGAUUUCCUGCACUCACCGUCGUCGCUUCAUAUGUGGCCAUCCUUCUGAAGGUCUAUAGAUCUAAUCACACUCUGGCAUCUAUACCGUCCUCCUCUAUCAGUAAUACUAGCAAAGACCUGAGACUUACAAAGAUGGCUGCUGUGGUGUGCACCACGUUGUUCCUGGCCUGGAUGCCUUAUGCCACAGUGUCUCUGAUCUCUGCACUCAUGAGCAAAGAUGAACCAGAGGGAUCUUUACAGACUGCGGUGGAGGACUCCACUGGUAUGGCCUCAAGCUCCCCAAAUGCUUCAAAGAUCAUGGACAUCCCCUCAUUGUUUAACUGGACAGCUACAGAAUAUUACAGACAAAACUACCAUAAUCCUGAGAGCAAGUGGAGCGAUGUGAACAACAUGAAUUCAGCCUCCAUCACCGGCCUGAGUGAUGCCAUGGUCAGGUCCACCCUGGACAAAGAAGCCCAACCAGUGACCCGAAGCCCCGAGCCAUUCUCCUUUCUCCCACCUGUAGUCACCUUGAUUCCUUGCUAUGUUUGCCAAGUCCCACAUCAUGGUCAACCCUUUAAUCUACCAUAUAAUGAACACGGAGUUCAGGCAUGAUAUCUAUGUGAUGAUGUUUGGCCAAGAGAAGGCAGAGAGGAGGCGAAUGCAGGCCAGGGGAGGAAAAAGAGUUUAU